AUGUCUCAAGACACUUCCUCUUCUUGGUUUGGCAGUCUCGCUUCUCUCUUACAAAAUCCAUACAUCAAGUAUGGUGUUUUAGCAUCGGGAUUGGCUGCUUCCUAUUUUGGAGCAAAAACAGCUUCUCGAGUGUACAAUGAAUACUCUGAAGAAAAUGAGAAAAAAGAAAAGGAACGCAAGAUUCGUUUUAUUUUGGACAAGUUACGUGAAAAAUAUGGCACCAAAAGCGAGGAUGUGUUUUUGGAUGAGUUGUUAGAUACUGUAAAUUCCAUCUUUUAUCCCACUUUUGGAUUGAGUGAAAGAGUUCCAGAUGGAUUGGCCAAUCAUGUUCCAAUGGUUCUUAGCGCCUUGUAUCAAUUCAAACAUUCAGAUCAUGUUCAAAAACCACCCAUUACUCUGGAUGUGUAUUUGAAAAAUGUUGAAAUGAGCUCACAAAAAUUGGAAUUAUUGGAUACUUAUUUGCCACAGACGGAUCAAGCUGAAAUUCUCACAAAUUGGGAACGUGACAAGUUACAACCCUUACUCUCCAAGAUUAAUAUUGGAAAUAUUGGUUCAGAGUUGGGCGUUUCUGUAUCAAAGCUUAUAUCUACUCAAUUAAGGCAACUGUUUGAUAGUAUUUUCACAGGAAAGCCCUCCACCAAUAGACCAGAUUAUCUCAUCUAUCAACGUUUUAUGCAACACUUGAUCUUGUUACAUGCCAUCAAGAUCAAGUGUCAAUCCAACUCCAAUGACAGUACUUUGAUCAUUAACACAACUACUACCUCAGAAAAUUCGAACGUACCAACACUCACUCUCUCCAAACAUCUCUCCCAAGAGGUAUUCGAAAGUAUUCUCUCUGAUCCAAUUGUCCUUGAAUUAUUCGGAGGAGUUUCAGGAGGAGCCUUUCAUCCUAUCAUCAUGUUGUCGUAUGGUGUGUUACAACAGUUCCAUACUUCAACCAUUCUCACGGCUUUGGGUUAUGCCAUGUAUGCCUACAAUAGUCUUGCUCCCAAUGAAACAGUAUUGAGAGAAUAUGUAAAUUCGAAGGAAGAAGAUGAAGCCAUUUCCAAAAAUCAACACUUCUCAAUGAAUCAAUUAUUGAAGAACAUUGAAGAAUUGUAUCCCGAGUACUUUACAGAACGAUUCAGAACAGAGAGUUUCAAGAAAGCCAAUUUUCUCAUUCAUAACCUCAUGAAUAGUUUGAAAGAUGGCCUUAAACCUCGUCACUAUGCUAAAAUUUGUUCCUUCUUUUACAUGAACGACCAAUCAAGAACGACUCCUUCUCCAAGAUUUACCUUAAAAGAUUUUGAGCGAAUGGCUCUCGAUAUGUAUUUGAAAGGACCUGUCAAGUUUGAUAUUGGAACUUUGCAUUGCAUUACUGGAUGCUUUGCAGUGAGACUUUUAUUGCCCUACAUUCAUGAUUCGAACAUUCAAGAACAAAUUCUGUAUUACUUGUGGGAAUCCUUUGUAUGUGUAUAUUUAUUGAUUGGUGGUUCUUCACAAAUGAGAAAUGAAUUGAGCUUGAGUGGAGUGAAAGGAGAUGCUGUUCGAGAUCUAUAUGUUCCCGAAUGGAAUGAAAUUCUUCCUCAAUUACAAGAUGACUUUGAUGAACAUGAUAUCAAAUUGUUGUACACGGCCUAUGAAGAAGCCAAGAAUUAUCCAGAAUGGGAAAUUGAUUUUAGAAAGAGUGCUGCCAAGAGGGUUGGAUUGUUGAAGGUCAUUGAAAGCGAUCCAGAAAGUAAACCAUAA